AUGCCGGCGCGAAGCCAAGUCGAUAGUGACGCGCCCUAUGCGCGGCACGAUGCCAAGCCGACGGUGCGCUUCAUGCGUAUGGAUGUCGACGAGACGCUGCGAGCGCUCGAAGUGUCCUCGCUGGAAGAGGGCCUGUCGGACGCCGCGGCCAAGUCGGUCCGCGCGUCUGUCGGUGCGAACGAGCUUUCGGAAAAGGAGCCCGAGCGCCCGUGGGAGAAGUGGGUGGCGCAGUUUAAAGAGCCGCUGAAUCUGCUGCUGCUCGGCAGUGCGGGCGUGAGUGUGCUGGUGGGCCAGCUCGACGAUGCGAUCUGCAUCACGCUGGCGCUGGCGAUUGUCAUUACGGUCGGGAUCGUGCAAGAGUACCGCUCGGAAAAGAGUCUCGAGGCGCUGAACCAGCUCGUCCCUCCCCGGUGCCACCUGGUGCGUGGCGGCGAGUCGGUCACGGUGCUUGCGUCGGAGCUCGUGCCCGGCGACAUUGUCACCUUUUCGACCGGCGACCGUGUGCCCGCGGACGUGCGCGUGGCCAAGGCGUCCGGCCUCGAGGUCGACGAAAGUGCGCUCACCGGCGAGGUGCAGGCGAUGCGCAAGACCACGCGCGCGAUUCCCGCGGACGACGACGGGGAGCCGUCGAUCAACGACCGCGAAAACAUUGCGUACAUGGGCACGCUCGUGCAGCACGGCAGCGGCACCGGGAUUGUGGUCGCGACCGGCGCGCGCACCGAGUUCGGGAGCAUCUUUGACAUGGUCGACCAGGUGGACGAGCGCCAGACGCCGAUGCAGCGCAGCAUGGCAGAUCUGGCGCAGCGCCUGAGUGUCGGCAGCCUGGCCGUGAUUGGCACGAUUAUGCUGCUCGGCAUCCUGCAGCAGCAGGACCUUCUCGAGAUGUUUACCAUCGCCGUGUCGCUCGCCGUCGCGGCGAUUCCCGAGGGCCUCCCGAUCGUGGUGACGGUCACGCUCGCGCUCGGUGCGCUGCGCAUGUCGCACCGCAACGCGAUCAUCAAGCGCCUGCCGAGCGUCGAGACGCUGGGGUGCGUGUCGGUGAUCUGCUCGGACAAGACGGGGACACUCACCGCGAACGAAAUGCGCGUCGUGCAGACAUACACUGUCCCAGACGGCGUCCAGGACGUGCCCGAGCACGGAAAAGCGUCGGACGCGCUUGCGCGAUGCCUCGAGGUGGGCACCCUCUGCAACAACACCGAGACCGGCCCCGACGGGCGCUGGCUGGGUCAGUCGACCGAGGUCGCGAUGCUCGGCGUGCUCGGCAGCUUUGGGCUGCAGGACAAACGGAAGGAGUGGACGCGCACCGACGAGCAGCCGUUCCGCUCGGAUACCAAGAUGAUGACCGUCACCGGCCACUACCAGAACGAGCGCAAGGAGACCAUCUUUAUGAAGGGCGCGCCGGAAGUCGUCCUGCGCCAGUGCACGCAGUACCAAGGGCCGGACGGCACGCCGCAGCUCACCGACAAGGUGCGCGACGAGAUCCGCGGCGCAAUCAAAAGCAUGUCCGACCGCGGCCUGCGCGUGCUGGCGUUUGCCGCGUCGCCCGCAUCGCACCGCCCGUCGUAUGCGUUCUGCGGCCUGCAGGCGAUGCACGACCCGCCGCGCGAAGGCGUCGCGGACGCAAUCCGCACGCUGCACCGCGGCGGCGUCCAGAUCGCCAUGAUCACGGGCGACGCGGAGCCGACGGCGGUCGCCAUCGCCCAGGAGCUGGGACUGCUGCAGAGCGGGCGCGCCGGCGUGCUCACCGGGCCGCAGAUCGAGUCGCUGAGCGAGGGACAGCUGCGCGAGCGCGUGCAGUCCAUCACGGUCUUUGCGCGCACCGCUCCGGAGCACAAGCUGCGCAUCGUCGCCGCGCUGCAGUCGCACGCGGCCGUCGUCGGCAUGACGGGCGACGGCGUGAACGACGCGCCGGCGCUCAAGCUCGCCGACGUCGGCAUCGCGAUGGGCCGCGGCGGGACCGAUGUCACGAAAGAGGCCGCCGACGUGAUCCUUGUCGACGACAACUUUGCCACGAUCCUUUCGGCGGUGCGCGAGGGGAAGAGCAUCUUUUACAACAUCCAAAACUUUGUCGCCUUCCAGCUCAGCACCUCUGCCGCGGCGCUCGUGCUGAUUGGGCUCAGCACCGUGAUGAAGCUGCGCUUCCCGCUGAACGCGAUGCAGAUCCUCUUUAUCAACAUCCUCAUGGACGGGCCGCCCAGCCAGAGUCUCGGCGUGGACCCCGCGAGCGAGAGCGUGAUGCGCCGCCCGCCGCGUGCGAAAGACGCGCCGGUGCUCACGCGCCAGCUGCUCUACCGCGCGCUCUUUUCGACGUCGGUGAUUGUCGUCCUGACGCAGUUCGUCUUCCUGUUCGAGCGCCCGCCCGACGGCGCAGACAAGCGCGACGCGACCAUGACCUUUACCUGCUUCGUGUUCCUCGACCUGGUGUCCGUCGUGCAGAACCGCGGGCUGCUGACCGGCAUCGAUCAGAACCACAUGCUCCUCUGGACGGUCGGCGCGAGCUUCCUCGCACAGCUCCUCCUGGUCUACUUCCCGCCGCUCCAGCACGUGUUUCUCACCGAGUCGCUCGCGGCCAACGACCUGAUGUUUUUGCUGGUCGUCGCGGGCAUCGCAUUCGGGCUGCACGAGCUGCGCAGGCACUAUGAACGUGGGCUGCUCGACGAGCACGACAGCCAGACACAGGGUAUUCAGAAUGUGUAG